GGAGGGGGGGUGAGAAGGAUUACUUACCCUAUCCUAGGUAUUCCUUGAAGAGGUGGGGUUUCAGGUGUCUCCGGAAGGUGGUGAUUGACUCCGCUGUCCUGGCGUCGUGAGGGAGUUUGUUCCACCAUUGGGGGGCCAGAGCAGCGAACAGUUUUGACUGGGCUGAGCGGAAACUGUACUUCCUCAGUGGUAGGGAGGCGAGCAGGCCAGAGGUGGAUGAACGCAGUGCCCUUGUUUGGGUGUAGGGCCUGAUCAGAGCCUGGAGGUACUGAGGUGCCGUUCCCCUCACAGCUCCGUAGGCAAGCACUUUUGUAGCGGAUGCGAGCUUCAACUGGAAGCCAGUGGAGAGAGCGGAGGAGCGGGGUGACGUGAGAGAACUUGGGAAGGUUGAACACCAGACGGGCUGCGGCGUUCUGGAUGAGUUGUAGGGGUUUAAUGGCACAGGCAGGGAGCCCAGCCAACAGCGAGUUGCAGUAAUCAAGACGGGAGAUGACAAGUGCCUGGAUUAGGACCUGCGCCGCUUCCUGUGUGAGGCAGGGUCGUACUCUGCGGAUGUUGUAGAGCAUGAACCUACAGGAACGGGACACCGCCUUGAUGUUAGUUGAGAACGACAGGGUGUUGUCCAGGAUCACGCCAAGGUUCUUAGCGCUCUGGGAGGAGGACACAAUGGAGUUGUCAACCGUGAUGGCGAGAUCAUGGAACGGGCAGUCCUUCCCCGGGAGGAAGAGGAGCUCCGUCUUGCUGAGGUUCAGCUUGAGCACCAAACCAACAUUAGAUGAGAUAAGUGUCUGGGCUCAGUCGUUCGAUAAGCUGAUGAAGAAUCCUGCAGGUCGGAACGUGUUCAGGGAGUUCUUAAGGACUGAGUACAGCGAGGAGAACAUGUUGUUCUGGCUGGCCUGUGAAGACCUCAAACAGGAGAUGAACAAGAACACAGUAGAGGAGAAAGCACGCAUGAUCUACGAGGACUACAUCUCUAUCCUGUCCCCCAAAGAGGUGAGUCUGGACUCCCGGGUGAGAGAGGUGAUUAACAGGAAGAUACAGGAGCCUACGCCCCACACCUUUGAGGACGCCCAGCUUCAGAUCUAUACCUUAAUGCACAGAGACUCCUAUCCUCGCUUCCUCAACUCGUCUAUAUACAGAUCACUGAUUCACCAUGGCUCCCACACCUCCUCAGAGUCCUAGGUUCACAACAUUUCACUCACUCACACGCACUCCUCGCUCUCUCUCUCUCUCUCUCUCUCUCCCUCUCAGACUCCUCUCUCCCUCUCCCUCACAUUCAUCUCUCCCUCUCUCUCUCUCUCUCUCUCCCUCAGACUCGUCUCUCCCUCUCCCUCACAUUCAUCUCUCUCUCUCUCUCUCUCUCUCUCUCUCUCUCCCUCUCCCCUUCAUCUCUCUCUCUCUCCCUCUCCCUCACAUUCAUCUCUCUCUCUCUCUCUCUCUCUCUCUCUCUCUCUCUCUCUCUCUCUCUCUCUCUCUCUCUCUCUCUCUCUCUCUCA